AAAAUUCCACGGUUUCGCCAUAUAUAACCCUUCGCCUUUCGAAAUUAAAAAACAUUCAUCAAAUUCGUUUAACCGCGCUUUCGCUUGAACAGCUCUCUACCCGAAAAAUUCCCUCUCUCAGUCGAAAAUGUUUGCAUUCAAAGCUGAAGAGCAGAGCCAGCUGCAGAUCGUGGAAAGAGAAGAGAUCGAAGAUGAAGAAGAACUUUUCGAAGCAAUUGACAAACUGACAGCUCAUGGAAUCAAUGCUGGAGAUGUGAAGAAGCUGCAGGAUGCUGGAAUCUAUACGUGCAAUGGUCUAAUGAUGCACACGAAGAAGAAUCUGACUGGAAUCAAAGGACUGUCCGAGGCAAAAGUUGAUAAGAUCUGUGAAGCUGUAGAAAAGAUAGUGAACUUUGGUUACAUUACUGGAAGUGAUGCUCUGUUGAAAAGGAAAUCAGUCGUUCGCAUCACAACUGGAAGUCAGUCUCUUGAUGAACUCUUAGGGGGUGGGAUAGAAACUUCGGCAAUCACAGAAGCUUUUGGGGAAUUCAGAUCUGGAAAAACACAGCUGGCUCACACGCUCUGUGUUUCCACACAGCUUCCGACUAGCAUGAAAGGAGGCAAUGGAAAAGUUGCUUACAUCGACACAGAGGGGACAUUCCGACCAGAUAGAAUCAUACCCAUUGCUGAAAGAUUUGGAAUGGACCCAGGAGCUGUGCUUGACAAUAUCAUAUAUGCCCGUGCUUACACAUAUGAGCAUCAGUACAAUCUGCUUCUUGGUCUAGCAGCCAAAAUGGCUGAGGAGCCUUUCCGUCUUCUGAUUGUUGAUUCGGUAAUAGCCCUUUUUCGGGUUGACUUCACUGGCAGAGGAGAACUUGCAGAACGUCAGCAAAAAUUGGCUCAGAUGCUCUCGAGGCUGAUGAAGAUUGCCGAAGAAUUCAAUGUGGCUGUCUACAUGACCAACCAGGUUAUUGCUGAUCCUGGAGGAGGUGUCUUCAUUUCUGAUCCUAAGAAGCCAGCUGGCGGCCACGUCUUGGCCCAUGCAGCCACCAUAAGGCUCAUGUUCAGGAAAGGCAAAGGCGAGCAACGUGUCUGCAAGGUGUUUGAUGCCCCCAACCUUCCAGAAGCCGAAGAGUAAGUUUUCCAGAUAACUUCAGGUGGAAUUGCGGAUGCAAAGGAUUGAAUCGACUGUUUCUGUCUCUUUAAGCUUUAGUUACAGGAAAAUUGCAAUUGUUAUUAUCUAGUUUGCUUGAUUGCUACUUCGGAGUGUGAAGCUUUAUACCAGAACUAAAUUGCUCUCACGUUAUUGCUGGGGAAAGUGUUAUGAUGCUACUUAAUUGGUUAUGGAUUGAAAUGCAAGUGUUUUAAUUACUAUCUCAUUUGUGCUCUAUUGCUCCUAGCAGAUUGAAAUAUAUACCAACUGGCUGCAGGUUUUACUUAAACAUCAAUAUGAUAGUUAUUAAGGGAAGCCGUUAUUUCUACUUUCUAGGCAGUUUUAAGUCAGUCGAUGUGCAUGAAACUUGAGAGGUACGGAAUCUCUUAAGUUGUGAUUGUUGUUAAAUAUUUCUAAAUCU